UGCCGGCUAUGCACGCAAAUUUGGAGGGGCACGAGCACUAGGGCAGUGGAAUACUUUAUGAAGUUGUUGAAGCCGUGUCCCUUGAGGACAGGUGAGAUGGUGCACAAGCUCGUUGUCGCCAGUGCCAAGGUGUUGUCGAGUGACAAAAAGACGCAGUACCUCCUCAAGAACUAUAGACAGUUGCAUGGCAUUGCGGAAGAGGGGGCGACUACGAUGGAGACUCAGGACGCGGACUCCGAGCCUGUCGUUUGCGGGUACGAGGAGCCGCAACCACCAACCACUGCGGGGAUGGCACCACCGAAAACAGCUUCCCGAACAGAGCCGGUCGCCGCUGCAGAGGAGGGGCCAGCGGAGGGUUCAGGGUCGAACAUGAGGGUGGCAUCACUGCAGCAAACAUCAAUGAAGAGAUGGUUGGACAACGAUGCACAGAAGAAGCUAGAUAUUGCGUGGGUGGAGGCGAUGUUCCGUGUUGGCAUUGCUUUUAACUUCCUGAAAUUCGACACAACGCAGAAGCUUCACGAAGUUUACUUGGAAGUGGCGAGUGCUCGACCGAAGGUCAAGCUGCCCUCGUACAACCAUAUGAGGACGGUGAUGCUCAACUUCAUAUACUUGCGAAUUCAAAAGCAAGUGCAUCCUCUGACAGCCUGUUGGGAUGAAUCAGGCUGUACAUUCAUCACGGACGGGUCAUCCGACUGUCGAGAGCGCCCCGUCAUGAACUUCUUGGCAGCGGGAGAGAAGAGUGCAGUUCUGGUGGCCACAGUGUCAAUGACGGCAAGAAAGAAAACAGCGCAGGCCCUUUUGCUGCGAGACAUCAGCAAGCUAGACUGGGUGAAGAGCACUGUCAAAAGAGGCCACACGAUUGUGAAGUUCAUCCGGAACCACCACUCCACGAAUAGCCUGAUGAUGUCCAUGGACGAUUCCCUAACAUUGCUUCGUCCUACGGAAGUUCGGUUCGGGUCCGUUUACAUGAUGUUGAAGAGGCUUCUGAACAGGAAGGCAGUGUUGUCAGAUAUGGUGGAUCGGAAAAAUGCAGCGCGGUGGACGGGGAUCCGUUGGUCCACUACGAAGUUGAAGUCGAAAGCAGACCUGGUUUACUUCACCAUGAGGAGAGAUGGAUGGUGGAUGGAGUUGAAGAAGGUGGUGGAUGUCAUGGAACCUUUGUACAGCCUUCUCAGGAGGAUGGAUCGAGAUGGAACAUCGCCGACAAACCUUGUCGAAUACGACGACAUGAUUGAGAGGAAACUGGCUCACGUCGUUCUCACUGAGGAGCAGCGGGCGAGCGUCAUGGACAAAGUGAGAGAUUGGGUGAAGAUGAUGCGACAGCCAGUACAUGCACUGGCGUUUCUUCUGGACCCACGCAAGAGAAAUCCACGGUGGUUGUAUGAUCGGGACAGUGCAAUUGUGCAGAGUGCGAUGCAUUACCUGCAGAGACAGAUUGGAGGUCCUUGGAAAGGGCCAGACCACCUUGAGUUUUUGGGUGACCUGCACGAGUUUCACAAGAAGCCCACGCCGAACGGGCCCAAGAGAAAGGACAAGAAGAUGUGGGAGCCCGAUGCGAAGGUCGAUUGUGAGAAGCUCACACCGUCAGAGUGGUGGGCGACUUAUGGUGGCGAUGUCCUCGACUUGCAGGCCAUUGCCAUCAAGGUGAUGGGCAUCUGGAGUACAGCAACCCCGGCAGAGAGGAAUUGGUCGUCCAUGGACUUCGUGCAUUCGAAAAGGAGGAACAACUUGAAGCCCGAAACAUUGGAGAAGCUGGUGUACAUCCAUUGGAACAUGCAACUGCUACGUGCUGCCAACAACAGCAGUGCCAACGGCGAGGGCUACGUUGAUUUGUGGAUUUCGUUCUUCGAGGCUAUUCAGGAGCCAGAUGAGAACGAUGGAUCUGUCUUGAGGGGCCCUGAGGACGAAACUGAGAAGACAGAUGAGGAGCUGGUGCGGCAGAGUAGCUUCGUGAAGACACCGAAGGGAAGGAUUCCAAAGAAGCUCGAGGACGAAGAGGAUGAAUGCACCGACGACAGUGACUUGGAGGAUGAGUUGUGGAAGGGGAAGUCUGGAUUGUCGGAUGAGGCGAGCGGCGCGGAGGAGGAGGAUGAAAGUGAUUCCGAUUUUGAGCUGGGAGCCCAGCCAUCGGUCCUGGGCACUACUUAUGUUGGUAGGAGAGAACCUGCAGAGCGUCGGAGGGAGAAGCAGCCCRCGGUCUCUACACACGCCCGGGUGGAAAGCUCCUCCCAUUACCAUCCUCARUCCGACGUCGAGYUCGAUCACAUGGACACYGACGUCGAGUUGCUGCUGCAAAGUGGUCCGGUUGAUGAAGACGAGGCGGAGGCCGACCGUGCGAAGGCAUUGGCAGAUCGCGAUAGAGACGCCGUCCAAAAACAGAUCAUGGAAGAGGAUGCCCGACGCAAAGCAGUCCCAACCCGGAGGGAGAUGGAGAGACGCAAGAAGAAGGUUGGGGAGAAGGAACCGGAGACACGUCGGGCAUUGGACGCUGUGCAAGAGGGAGAUGAGGAAGUGCAACCGCAAAGUGGACCGGUUUUGAAGGUGGCGGACCAGCAAGAGGCGGAGCACCGCAAAGAGGCGGACCAGCAAGAGGCGGAGCACCGCAAAGAGGCGGAGGAGAAGGACCAGCAAGAGGACAACGACGACAUGGACCACCUACAAGAGACGGAGAAGGAGCACGGAAAGGAGGACGAGGAGAUGGAGCAUGAAGAGGACAAGGAGGGGAUGGAAAGUCAAGGAGUGGAGAAGGCCAUGGAACAACAAGAAGACGCGGAGGGCAUGGAUCAACAGGACACGCAGCGCAACGCGGAUGACAAGGACGGUGAAGAGGAGCACCAGCCUGCAGUGAAGGCUCUGUACAAGCGUAGGCAACGACCGGUUGUGUCCGAACAGUUUGUCGAGAACGCACCCGACUUCCCUCCGAGCAAUGAGGCUGUCCAACAUGACAACCUGUGGAUUGUUUUGGACGCAUGGAGAGAGGUAGGACCUCGUCAGUGGGUUCCUUCCACAACUAGAAAGGAAGUGCUAUCUCAACCUCUAUUUGAUAAUCCUCACAUCAGGGGAACUGAUGGAAGACCUUUCUCGGCAGGGAGCGAUUCGGUCGCGUUCGAAAGACAGUGGGCCGAAAGAGGGGUCCUUGGGGUGGCUGACUUGUGGGACGAAUCGAUAGGCCAAUGGACGACGCUACAGGAUCUCAAACUGAGACUGGGGAGAUUGGGUCAAGUGGAGGCAAGGGCGGCCUCAUUGAGGGCCGCCAUCCCGCCCGAGUGGGCGCACCUGCUGAGUCCAGCUGGAGCAACCCCUCCGGCUCCAAUCUAUUCGUGGGGAGCAGCACGUGCUGGGAACCGGGCCCAGCGUCCCAUAUGAAAACUUAACAGAUAGUUUGAAAAUAUGGCUAAGAAACAAAAACAUAUGCACAAU